UAGGUUUUCACCAGCGUUUCUACCUUCACGUUCAUUGCAAAGGAGAUCCGGUCAGGUUCAUCUAUUUCAUUUAAACAUCUCUUCGCGGGGAGAAUGGGCUGAGUUAUGCUCUGCGGUUCGCCUCUGUCUGCUGAAGGAAGCCCCGUUGUCUGCGAGUGCGUGUAGGUGGAUGAUUUCAGCGUGAUUUUCGGAGCGAUGUCUGCCGCAGAAGAAGCACACAGCUCGGACAGACUAAAUCAGUUUGAGCGGCUGUCUGGAAGGCCUCCGCUAAGAGCCGCAGGUCACAGAGCCCCUCCAGCCCGGAGCGGCCAUCGCUGUGUGGCGGACAACACCAACCUUUAUGUGUUUGGAGGGUAUAACCCCGACUACGAUGAAUCAGGUGGCUCAGAGAAUGAAGACUACCCACUGUUCAGGGAGCUGUGGAGGUUCCACUUCGCCACAGGAACAUGGCAACAGAUCCGCACUGAGGGUUUCAUGCCUACUGAACUGGCUUCAAUGUCAGCUGUUUUGCACGGAAACAACCUGCUUGUGUUUGGCGGGACCGGAAUCCCGUUUGGGGAAAACAACGGAAAUGAUGUUCACGUCUGCAACGUUAACUACAAACGCUGGUCCCUCCUCAACUGCAGGGGCAAGAAACCCAAUCGAAUAUAUGGACAGGCGAUGGCCAUAAUCAACGGCUUCCUAUAUGUAUUUGGAGGUACGACAGGCUACAUCUAUAGCACAGAUCUUCACAGACUGGAUCUGACAACACGUGAGUGGAUUCAUCUGAAACCCAACAACCCUCUAGACGACCUGCCGGAGGAGCGAUAUAGGCAUGAGAUAGCCCAUGAUGGACAGAGGAUAUAUAUUCUAGGAGGGGGAACUUCCUGGACUUCCUACCCAUUAGACAAGAUACACGCAUAUAACCUUGAAACUAAUUCCUGGGAGGAAAUCACAACUAAGCCUCAUGAAAGAAUAGGAUACCCAGCCCCUCGGAGAUGUCAUAGUUGUGUGCAGAUUAAAAAUGCUGUAUUUAUAUGUGGAGGUUACAAUGGUGAAGUAAUACUAGACGACCUGUGGAAAAUCAACCUGCAGACGUUUCAGUGGAAUAAACUGCCUGCAGUGAUGCCUGAACCUGCGUACUUCCACUGUGCUGCUGUUACCCCGGCCGGCUGCAUGUACAUCCAUGGUGGCGUGGUGAACAUCCAUGAGAAUAAGCGGACUGGUUCCUUGUUUAAGAUCUGGCUGGUAGUGCCCAGUCUGCUGGAGCUGUGCUGGGAGCGUCUGCUCAAAGCCUUCCCACACCUGGCCCAACUUACCCCGAUACAGCUGCUAAACUUGGGCCUCACCCAGGAACUCAUUGAACGCUUGAAAUAAAGAGGCGAGGGGGCUGUGAGCACGAGAGACAGAUUGUGUACGUACUGUGCGUGUACCUUUUUUUAUUUUAUUUAAUUUCUUCUUCUUUUUGGAAGCUGAUUAUGGGCAGGACGACAGCACUUGAAGCCAGUGUGUGGACUUGAAAAACAGGAUCAACCAAGGAACUCCAUCCUAACAAAGCCUGCCUUAAAACCAAAAACUGUAGAAUGCCUUUUUUUGUUUUGCGUAUGCUCCUUUUAAUGAUUUGAAAAAUCAAUACAAAACAUAAAUCUCCAUUAGAGAGAAAGUUCUUUUCUCAAACACUAUGGGUCAGUGACCUGAAAGUUUUUUUUUUUUCUUUCUUUCUUGAGAUUGUAAUAUUAUUUAUUGGCCUUCAGUAGUGACCUGGGGGACAUGUUGAGUUGAUUUUAAUU